CAAGGCUGCCACUGGAAGAGUAUUGUUUCAGAGUGCGGGGAAUGUUAUCACUAUCAAAGUAGCCUGACUUGGGACACAACGAAAUCAAGGGCUACUGUGUCAGCUGCUUUGGUUCCACUUUGGCUAAAACCAUGAGGGCAUUUCCCAUCCUGCUUAUGACUGUCGCCUGCCUCUUUGGCACUGGGUCUGGAGAUGAUGGAGGAAUUAAAAGGGAGUUUGCACCUGAGCAGGAUAAUGAUGAAAUAGUCUAUGAUGAUGAUCCAAGUAUAAUUGAAAGCAGUGAGACCAAGGGGAAUGUUAGAGCAAAACGGGCUGCAUUUGGAGGACCUAAGAAGAACCCCAUUGCCUAUGAGACAAACGAUAAAGUAAAGCAAAACCAAAACAAGCGACAUGAUCAUGAUGACUCCAGCAAGGAACACAAGGAUAGUAACAAAGGGAGAGGCCGGAAAAACAACAAUAUAUGGCCAAAGGACUCAUCUGAAGAAAAAGCAUCCAAAGAAAAGAUGGAUCAUGAGAAGAACAACAAAGUGCAGCUAAAACAAAAGAAGGGCAAUGGUCAUGAUGACUCCAGCAAGGAAAACAAGGAUAACAGCCAUGAGAAAGGAACUAAAAGCAAGAAAAGAUGGCAAAAUGGCUCAGCUGAAGAAAAAGAUGGUUCAUCCAAAGCAAAAAAGGGUCAUGAGGAGGAUGACAAUGUGAAGCCAAAAGAAUACCAGCGUCGUGAUCAACAAUACUUCAGUAAUGAGGGAACAGAGAAUAGCCAAGAGAAGGGAGAUAAAAACAGUAAAGAAUGGUGGAAAGGCUCAGCUGAAAAAAAGGAUGAUGUAUCCAAAGAAAAAAAUGAUAAGAACCCAGAGGAGGUGGCUACAAAUUCAUGCAUAUUUAAUAAGGAAUCUAUAGCUGAUGGGGAAACCAAAGAUCUCAGCUGUUCCAGCUGCACCUGUAACAAAGGGAUGCUCACUUGCGUAAAGAACCUGAACUGUCCAGGUGUCUGUACAGUCACAGGUUAUCAGAUGAUCCGUACCUUUGAUGGUUCCUUGUAUGAAAGCCCUGGAACCUGCAAUUAUGUUUUGGUCAAGACCUCCAACUUCACAAUUAGUCUUAGCAACAAGGCCUGUUCUGAUCAAAACAAUGGCAUUCAGAACCCAAAUGCAGUUUGCAUUGACGCGGUGGACAUUUACUUGCCUACAGUUGCCAGCAUUAAGGUUCUACCAGAUGGAUCAGUGCUGUCAGCAGGGCAGAAAGUUGACCUUCCAUUCUUUCUUCCUGAAACCAUUACUGUGGGAAGAAGUUCUUCUACUUUCCUGGAUGUGAUCACUCCAAUGUUCAGCCUGCAGUAUGACACCAAGGGAAACCGACUCUAUGUCAUCAUUCAAACCAGCUACAAAGAUCAAACCAGUGGGCUUUGCGGCACAUACAAUGACAAUCGCUUUGAUGACUUCAGGAGCUCAAGUGAUAUAACUGAGACGGUGUCUAGUUUGUUCAGCAAAUCCUGGAAAUUGCAAUCUCAGUGCUCAGAACAUUUCAAAAUACCAGACAGUCCAGCUCAGCGAAUCACAGCGGAUUUAAGUUGCAUUAACGCCCUUCAGGACUCUAUCUUCGCUGACUGCAACCUUCUCAUUGACAUUCAUAACUUCCAGGCCUCCUGUUCCAACAACAUUUAUUAUGGGAAUAAUGCUGGCUUUUGCUCAGCCAUGGCAGACUAUGCUUAUCGAUGUGCUUUGGCUGGUGUUUACGUACCUUUGAGUUCCUCAUUCCCAGACUGCUUUGUUUCUUGUGAGGGAGGCAUGGUUCACAUUACAGAAAAUCUCUUCACUCAGGAUGAUUGUGCUCAGUAUUCUUCACAGAUUUUAAAGAUUUCAAUGAAGCUUCCAUUGAGCGAGGGUUGUGUCUGUCCUGAUAAUUUAUACUAUGAUUCUACAAUAAAUCAGUGUGUUGACGGUGAGGUAUGUCCAUGUUAUAGCAACAGCCAUGCAUACAGAAUUGGAGAGAACAUCACUUUUUCCAAUGGACAAGAAUGCGCCUGUGAGAGGAUAAUGUCAUGUUCUGAUAAUCCAGAAAUACCUACAGAAGAAGUUCCAACAUGUCCAGAAGGUGAAGUCUUUUCAGAUUGUUUCAUGGGAUCUGGAAAAUCUUGCGAGCCAAGCUGCCAAAACAUGGCGGUCAUUGACCAAGUCUGUCCUCUUGAGUGUGAGGCUGGCUGCAUCUGCAAAUAUGGGAUGUUGAGGAGCAACGAUGGAAGCUGUGUCCCACUGCAGGAAUGUCCUUGUGUGCAUGGAGAAGAUGUUUAUAACACCGGAGAGACACUGGCACAAGAUUGCAACACUUGCACAUGCAAAGAUGGCAAGUUUUCAUGCACCAAUAACGCCUGCAACGUUGUGUGUAACGCCUAUGCUGGAGGUCAAUUCUUCCUCUUUGAUAACAUCUGGAAAACCUUCAGCACAGGGGAAUGUCAGAUCAUUCUUGUUGAAUCUCAAGAGGGGCAAGUCCCAAAAUUCAGAGUUGUAAUGCAAAACACAAAAACUGACAAAAUUGGUGGAGCUUUGGCCACCAAGAAGAUCUUCAUCAGAUUUGGAGGAGCAUAUGUAGAGUUGACCGACUCAGAUCCUUUCUUGGUUCAAGACUUGGGAAGUACAACCCAAGUAAGACUAUAUCGUUCUGGAUUCUAUGUUGUCGCCCAUUUUCUGGAAGGUCUUGCCGUUUACUAUGAUCAGCACUUAGAUAUUAUUAUUCAGCUCCAGCCACAGCUACAGGGCAAAGUCCAGGGUAUGUGUGGUGAUGCUGACCAGACAACAACUGCCGAAUUGGCUAUUAGCAACAUGGCACAGUAUGGAGCUCAGUUCAUUAUUGGCAAAUGCACUAUCCCAGAUGUACCCUCACCUCCUCCAUCUGAUAACAACAAGCUUUACACAGAGAAACGCUGUAGUUUGCUGUUCAGUCGGGACUUCGCUGAUUGUCACACUGUGGUCCCUGUCCAGCCAUAUUACACUGCUUGUGUUGAAGAGACCGAGGCCUGCAAGGAAGGAGAAAGCUGUCUGUGCUUCUGUACAUCUCUUGCUGCUUAUGCCCGAGCCUGCUGCCGUAAGGGCAUCACUCUUGACUGGAGGAACCCCGAAACAUGCCCUUCCCCUUGUGAAUACUACAACCGAGAUUCUGGAGAUGGACCAUAUCGUUUAGUCAUGGUCAGUGGUCAGACCUUGAAGGCAGAUUAUGACACCCAGUCUGUUUCACUGACUACUAAAGAUACAUCAGGAGAUGUCAAAGUCAGCUUCAUGGUCACUCCAAGUCUCUACGUCGACCCACUGUAUGGCAGAAAGUUAAUCUCUUUGGAAUCUGCUCUGCACCGCAACUUCUUCAUCGUACAGAAUUCAGAUGGCACCCUAGGCUUAAGAAAGUGGCAGCCAAGUGCCAGCUUUCGUAUACAGGCUACUUUUAUCCUGAGAGAAGGUCGCUGGAUAAAUGGCUACAGCACUCUUGAAUCCUAUUCCUCCAGGGGCCAAUAUCUCUCUUUUGACAACUCUAAUAAAGCCGUGGUGAUGACCAGGGUUAAGUCUGCUAACAUGCUGGCAAUGAAUUUCAAGCUUACAGAGGAAAGCUUUGGAUUGCCAUCAUUCUCUAUUUGCACCUGGAAGUACAGAUCUUGUGGCCCUUCUUGCAUCCCGACAUGCCAAGAUCCUCUGGGAGAGAAGUGCACCCUAACCCUUAUAGUGGAAGGCUGCUACCCCACCUGUGCCCCGGGAAUGGUUUUCGAUGAAGUUACCCAUCGUUGUGUGAAUAAAGAUGACUGUGUGUCCAUUCCUACGGUAUCACCAACUCCAGUGCCACCAACACCAACCAAGGAACCGUGCAAAGAUGUAACUUGUAUAGAAAUGAAUUGCAAGGUUGGAGAAACUAAAGUGGAAAUUAUAACAACAGAUCCCUGCUGCCCACGUUAUAAAUGCGAGGUCAUUCCUACUACCCCAGCACCACCAACAACACCGAAUCCAUGUAAAGAUGUCAAAUGUAAUAUUCCAACAUGCAAGACUGAUGAAACACUUGUACAAGUUACAUCAACAGAUCCUUGCUGCCCAAAAUACACAUGUCAGUGCCUGGUCAUAUGCAGCUCUCCGCCUGUUUGUAGAAAUAGAAGACCACCCAUACAACAUUUCGACCCAACUUCUCAGUGUUGUCCCCAAUAUGAAUGCCUUGCAGAGACAACCACAGCUCCACCAAGGAGCCCAACUCCUCCGGAGCAAUGCAAGGGUGUGACAUGUGAAAUAGUGACUUGUGCAGAGGGUGCCGAUAAGGUGGCAGUUGCCUCAACUGAUCCAUGCUGUUCCCGCUAUGUGUGUGUUACACCAACAACUCCUACUCCAAUCAAGCCUACAACACUGGAAUCAUGCAAGGAUGUGAAAUGUGAAGUGGUGACGUGCUCCUUGGGAGAAAGAAAGACAGAGGUUCCUUCAGCAGAUCCCUGCUGUCCACGUUAUGAGUGUUAUCCAGAGCCAACUACAACCCCAACUACAACUCUGGAACUUUGCAAGUAUGUGACAUGUCAAACAGUGACAUGUGCAGAUGGAGAAACUCAGAUGGAAGCUCCUUCAGCAGACCCCUGCUGCCCACGUUAUAUUUGUGUUCCAGAGACAACUACUACACCUGCACCAGAGGAGCCAUGCAGUCACGUGACAUGUACAGAUGUGAUAUGCACCGCUGGAUAUAUUAAGACUGAAGCUCCUUCAGGAGAUCCCUGCUGCAAACGUUUUGUGUGUGUUCCACCGUCAUUCACAACUCCAUCGACAACCACAACUCCACUCCCAGAAACAUGUCAGUAUGUGACCUGUGCAGAUGUGACAUGCGCAGAUGGAGAAACUAAGAUGGAAGGUCCAAAAACAGAUCCCUGCUGCACACGUUAUGUGUGUGUGCCAGGAACAAUUACAACCCCACCACCGGAAAUAUGCAAAUAUGUUAAAUGUGCAACAGUGACAUGUGCAGAUGGAGAAACUCAGAUGGAAGCUCCUUCAGCAGACCCCUGCUGCCCACGUUAUAUUUGUGUUCCAGAGACAACUACUACACCUGCACCAGAGGAGCCAUGCAGUCGUGUGACAUGUACAGAUGUGACAUGCGUCGCUGGAUAUAUUAAGACUGAAGCUCCUUCAGGAGAUCCCUGCUGCAAACGUUUUGUGUGUGUUCCACCGUCAUUCACAACUCCAUCGACAACCACAACUCCACUACCAGAAACAUGUCAGUAUGUGACCUGUGCAGAUGUGACAUGCGCAGAUGGAGAAACUAAGAUGGAAGGUCCAAAAACAGAUCCCUGCUGCACGCGUUAUGUGUGUGUGCCAGGAACAAUUACAACCCCACCACCGGAAAUAUGCAAAUAUGUUAAAUGUGCAACAGUGACAUGUGCAGAUGGAGAAACUCAGAUGGAAGCUCCUUCAGCAGACCCCUGCUGCCCACGUUAUAUUUGUGUUCCAGAGACAACUACUACACCUGCACCAGAGGAGCCAUGCAGUCGUGUGACAUGUACAGAUGUGACAUGCGUCGCUGGAUAUAUUAAGACUGAAGCUCCUUCAGGAGAUCCCUGCUGCAAACGUUUUGUGUGUGUUCCACCAUCAUUCACAACUCCAUCUCCAACCACAACUCCACUCCCAGAAACAUGUCAGUAUGUGACCUGUGCAGAUGUGACAUGCGCAGAUGGAGAAACUAAGAUGGAAGGUCCAAAAACAGAUCCCUGCUGCACACGUUAUGUGUGUGUGCCAGGAACAAUAACAACCCCACCACCGGAAAUAUGCAAAUAUGUGACAUGUCAAACAGUGACAUGUGCAGAUGGAGAAACUCAGAUGGAAGCUCCUUCAGCAGACCCCUGCUGCCCACGUUAUAUUUGUGUUCCAGAGACAACUACUACACCUGCACCAGAGGAGCCAUGCAGUCAUGUGACAUGUACAGAUGUGAUAUGUGCCGCUGGAUAUAUUAAGACUGAAGCUCCUUCAGGAGAUCCUUGCUGCAAACGUUUUGUAUGUGUUCCACCGUCAUUCACAACUCCAUCGACAACCACAACUCCACUACCAGAAACAUGUCAGUAUGUGACCUGUGCAGAUGUGACAUGCGCAGAUGGAGAAACUAAGAUGGAAGGUCCAAAAACAGAUCCCUGCUGCACACGUUAUGUGUGUGUGCCAGGAACAAUUACAACUCCACCACCGGAAAUAUGCAAAUAUGUGACAUGUACAACAGUGAAAUGUGCAGAUGGAGAAACUCAGAUGGAAGCUCCUUCAGCAGACCCCUGCUGCCCACGUUAUAUUUGUGUUCCAGAGACAACUACUACACCUGCACCAGAGGAGCCAUGCAGUUAUGUGACAUGUACAGAUGUGAUAUGUGCUGUUGGAUAUAUUAAGACUGAAGCUCCUUCAGGAGAUCCCUGCUGCAAACGUUUUGUGUGUGUUCCACCUUCAUUCACAACUCCAUCUCCAACCACAACUCCACUACCAGAAACAUGUCAGUAUGUGACCUGUGCAGAUGUGACAUGCGCAGAUGGAGAAACUAAGAUGGAAGGUCCAAAAACAGAUCCCUGCUGCACACGUUAUGUGUGUGUGCCAGGAAUAAUUACAACCCCACCACCGGAAAUAUGCAAAUAUGUGACAUGUACAACAGUGACAUGUGCAGAUGGAGAAACUCAGAUGGAAGCUCCUUCAGCAGACCCCUGCUGCCCACGUUAUAUUUGUGUUCCAGAGACAACUACUACACCUGCACCAGUGGAGCCAUGCAGUUAUGUGACAUGUACAGAUGUGACUUGUGCCGCUGGAUAUAUUAAGACUGAAGCUCCUUCAGGAGAUCCCUGCUGCAAACGUUUUGUGUGUGUUCCACCGUCAUUCACAACUCCAUCUCCAACCACAACUCCACUACCAGAAACAUGUCAGUAUGUGACCUGUGCAGAUGUGACAUGCGCAGAUGGAGAAACUAAGAUGGAAGGUCCAAAAACAGAUCCCUGCUGCACACGUUAUGUGUGUGUGCCAGGAAUAAUUACAACCCCACAACCGGAAAUAUGCAAAUAUGUGACAUGUAAAACAGUGACAUGUGCAGAUGGAGAAACUCAGAUGGAAGCUCCUUCAGCAGACCCCUGCUGCCCACGUUAUAUUUGUGUUCCAGAGACAACUACUACACCUGCACCAGUGGAGCCAUGCAGUUAUGUGACAUGUACAGAUGUGACUUGUGCCGCUGGAUAUAUUAAGACUGAAGCUCCUUCAGGAGAUCCCUGCUGCAAACGUUUUGUGUGUGUUCCACCAUCAUUCACAACUCCAUCUCCAAGCACAACUCCACUACCAGAAACAUGUCAGUAUGUGACCUGUGCAGAUGUGACAUGCGCAGAUGGAGAAACUAAGAUGGAAGGUCCAAAAACAGAUCCCUGCUGCACACGUUAUGUGUGUGUGCCAGGAAUAAUUACAACCCCACCACCGGAAAUAUGCAAAUAUGUGACAUGUACAACAGUGACAUGUGCAGAUGGAGAAACUCAGAUGGAAGCUCCUUCAGCAGACCCCUGCUGCCCACAUUAUAUUUGUGUUCCAGAGACAACUACUACACCUGCACCAGUGGAGCCAUGCAGUUAUGUGACAUGUACAGAUGUGACUUGUGCCGCUGGAUAUAUUAAGACUGAAGCUCCUUCAGGAGAUCCCUGCUGCAAACGUUUUGUGUGUGUUCCACCGUCAUUCACAACUCCAUCUCCAGCCACAACUCCACUAUCAGAAACAUGUCAGUAUGUGACCUGUGCAGAUGUGACAUGCGCAGAUGGAGAAACUAAGAUGGAAGGUCCAAAAACAGAUCCCUGCUGCACGCGUUAUGUGUGUGUGCCAGGAAUAAUUACAACCCCACCACCGGAAAUAUGCAAAUAUGUGACAUGUCAAACAGUGACAUGUGCAGAUGGAGAAACUCAGAUGGAAGCUCCUUCAGCAGACCCCUGCUGCCCACGUUAUAUUUGUGUUCCAGAGACAACUACUACACCUGCACCAGAGGAGCCAUGCAGUUAUGUGACAUGUACAGAUGUGACUUGUGCCGCUGGAUAUAUUAAGACUGAAGCUCCUUCAGGAGAUCCCUGCUGCAAACGUUUUGUGUGUGUUCCACCGUCAUUCACAACUCCAUCUCCAAUCACAACUCCACUACCAGAAACAUGUCAGUAUGUGACCUGUGCAGAUGUGACAUGCGCAGAUGGAGAAACUAAGAUGGAAGGUCCAAAAACAGAUCCCUGCUGCACACGUUAUGUGUGUGUGCCAGGAAUAAUUACAACCCCACCACCGGAAAUAUGCAAAUAUGUGACAUGUACAACAGUGACAUGUGCAGAUGGAGAAACUCAGAUGGAAGCUCCUUCAGCAGACCCCUGCUGCCCACGUUAUAUUUGUGUUCCAGAGACAACUACUACACCUGCACCAGUGGAGCCAUGCAGUUAUGUGACAUGUACAGAUGUGACUUGUGCCGCUGGAUAUAUUAAGACUGAAGCUCCUUCAGGAGAUCCCUGCUGCAAACGUUUUGUGUGUGUUCCACCUUCAUUCACAACUCCAUCUCCAACCACAACUCCACUCCCAGAAACAUGUCAGUAUGUGACCUGUGCAGAUGUGACAUGCGCAGAUGGAGAAACUAAGAUGGAAGGUCCAAAAACAGAUCCCUGCUGCACACGUUAUGUGUGUGUGCCAGGAAUAAUUACAACCCCACCACCGGAAAUAUGCAAAUAUGUGACAUGUCAAACAGUGACAUGUGCAGAUGGAGAAACUCAGAUGGAAGCUCCUUCAGCAGACCCCUGCUGCCCACGUUAUAUUUGUGUUCCAGAGACAACUACUACACCUGCACCAGUGGAGCCAUGCAGUUAUGUGACAUGUACAGAUGUGACUUGUGCCGCUGGAUUUAUUAAGACUGAAGCUCCUUCAGGAGAUCCCUGCUGCAAACGUUUUGUGUGUGUUCCACCGUCAUUCACAACUCCAUCUCCAACCACAACUCCACUCCCAGAAACAUGUCAGUAUGUGACCUGUGCAGAUGUGACAUGCGCAGAUGGAGAAACUAAGAUGGAAGGUCCAAAAACAGAUCCCUGCUGCACACGUUAUGUGUGUGUGCCAGGAAUAAUUACAACCCCACCACCGGAAAUAUGCAAAUAUGUAACAUGUCAAACAGUGACGUGUGCAGAUGGAGAAACUCAGAUGGAAGCUCCUUCAGCAGACCCCUGCUGCCCACGUUAUAUUUGUGUUCCAGAGACAACUACUACACCGGCACCAGUGGAGCCAUGCAGUUAUGUGACAUGUACAGAUGUGACUUGUGCCGCUGGAUAUAUUAAGACUGAAGCUCCUUCAGGAGAUCCCUGCUGUAAACGUUUUGUGUGUGUUCCACCAUCAUUCACAACUCCAUCUCCAACCACAACUCCACUGCCAGAAACAUGUCAGUAUGUGACCUGUGCAGAUGUGACAUGUGCAGAUGGAGAAACUAAGAUGGAAGGUCCAAAAACAGAUCCCUGCUGCCCACGUUAUGUGUGUGUGCCAGGAAUAAUUACAACCCCACCACCGGAAAUAUGCAAAUAUGUGACAUGUCAAACAGUGACAUGUGCAGAUGGAGAAACUCAGAUGGAAGCUCCUUCAGCAGACCCCUGCUGCCCACGUUAUAUUUGUGUUCCAGAGACAACUACUACACCUGCACCAGUGGAGCCAUGCAGUUAUGUGACAUGUACAGAUGUGACUUGUGCCGCUGGAUAUAUUAAGACUGAAGCUCCUUCAGGAGAUCCCUGCUGCAAACGUUUUGUGUGUGUUCCACCGUCAUUCACAACUCCAUCUCCAACCACAACUCCACUACCAGAAACAUGUCAGUAUGUGACCUGUGCAGAUGUGACAUGCGCAGAUGGAGAAACUAAGAUGGAAGGUCCAAAAACAGAUCCCUGCUGCACGCGUUAUGUGUGUGUGCCAGGAAUAAUUACAACCCCACCACCGGAAAUAUGCAAGUAUGUUAAAUGUGCAACAGUGACAUGUGCAGAUGGAGAAACUCAGAUGGAAGCUCCUUCAGCAGACCCCUGCUGCCCACGUUAUAUUUGUGUUCCAGAGAGAACUACUACACCUGCACCAGAGGAGCCAUGCAGUUAUGUGACAUGUACAGAUGUGACAUGCACUGCUGGAUAUAUAAAGACAGAAGCUCCGUCAGCAGAUCCCUGCUGCAAACGUUUUGUGUGUGUUCCACCAUCAACCACAACUCCACUGCCAACCACAACUCCACUGCCGGAAACAUGUCAGUAUGUGACCUGUGCAGAUGUGACAUGCGCAGAUGGAGAAACUAAGAUGGAAGGUCCUAAAAUAGAUCCCUGCUGCACACGUUAUGUGUGUGUUCCACAAGAAAGUACAACCCCACUACCGGAGAUAUGCAAGGGUGUAACAUGCGAUGUAGCGACAUGUUCAGAGGGAGAAGACAUGGUGGCAAUUACUUCAAUAGAUCCCUGCUGUCAUCAAUAUGCAUGCGUUAAAAUUGCUACUUUACCUCCAUUCACCUUUCCACCAAUAGUUACACAGGGUGUAUGUAGUGAUGUCAAGUGUGAAGUGGUGAAAUGUACCAAGGAGGGAGAGGCUAUGGUGGAAGUUCCUUCAGCAGAUCCUUGUUGUCCACGUUACAUCUGUAAAUGCAAUAAUUUAUGUAACCCUCCACCUACUUGCAUUGAUGGAAGACCACCACUAAGAACAUUUAACCCUGAUACUCAGUGCUGUCCGGAGUAUGAAUGCAAGCCCGUGUCACCUACAACACCACCUACAAAGGACAUUUGCAAAGGUGUGACUUGUAAUACUGUAACAUGUGAGAGGGAGGGUGAAAAAAUGGUUGAAGUUACUUCCUCGGAUCCCUGCUGUCCAAAAUAUGUGUGUGAAUGCACUCAGGCUUGCAGCCCUCCUGUUACCUGCGUGGAUGGAAAACCACCAGUGAAAACCUUUGAAGCAAAAACUAAUUGUUGUCCAACCUAUGAAUGCUUACCACCAAUAACCACCUUACCACCUGUACCACAAAAGACCACACCAGAGGAAAUAUGCAAAGAUAUCAAAUGUCCGGUAAUAACCUGCACAAAGAAUGGUUCAACUCUUGUGUCUUUCAAAGGGAAAGAUCCUUGCUGUAAUGUAGAAUAUUGUGACUGCAUUGAUCCAUGCCCGCCAACUCUGGUUUGUAAAUCAGGCAAGCCAACCAUGGAGAUUGAUCCAGAAAAUGAAUGCUGCCCCCGGUACAGCUGUCCUCCUGAAAGUGUUAUAGAAAAAACAACUACCCCAUCUGUAACAGAGCCGGAACUCACUACAACACCCAGACCACCAAUCUUCACCACUCCGCCUGAAUGUGCCGAUGUCAAGUGUUACAAAGUCACUACCUGCCGUUACAAUGAGGUAGAGAUUGCAGAACCAAAUCCUCUUGAUCCUUGCUGUCCAAGAUAUCGCUGUGAGCCAAAGCCAACACCAAGCCCAACUCCUUCACCGGAACUCACUACAACACCCAGACCGCCAAUCAUCACUACUCCGCCUGAAUGUGCUGGUGUCACAUGUACCAAAGAUACUACUUGUCGAUACAAUGAGAUAGAGAUUCAGGAACCUAAUCCACUGGACCCUUGUUGUCCAAGAUAUCGUUGUGAGCCCAAGCCAACACCAAGUCCAACUCCUUCACCUGAACUCACGACAACACCCAGACCACCAAUCAUCACCACUCCGCCUGAAUGUGCCGGCGUCACAUGUACCAAAGACAUUACAUGUCGAUACAAUGAGAUAGAGGUUCCAGAACCAAAUCCAUUUGACCCUUGUUGUCCAAAAUAUCACUGUGAGCCCAAGCCGACACCAAGUCCAACUCCUUCACUGGAACUCACUACAACACCCAGGCCUCCAAUCUUCACCACUCCGCCUGAAUGUGCCGGUGUCACAUGUAUUAAAGACGUUACCUGUCGAUACAAUGAGAUCGAGGUUGCGGAACCAAAUCCACUUGAUCCUUGUUGUCCAAAAUAUCACUGUGAGCCCAAGACAACCCCAGGCCAACCGGAACUCACUACAACACCCAGACCACCAAUCAUCACCACUCCGCCUGAAUGUGCCGGUGUCACAUGUAUUAAAGACGUUACCUGUCGAUACAAUGAGAUUGAGGUUGCGGAACCAAAUCCAUUUGAUCCUUGUUGUCCAAAAUAUCACUGUGAGCCCAAGACAACCCCAGGCCAACCGGAACUCACUACAACACCCAGACCACCAAUCAUCACCACUCCGCCUGAAUGUGCCGGUGUCACAUGUAUUAAAGACGUUACCUGUCGAUACAAUGAGAUAGAGGUUGCGGAACCAAAUCCAUUUGAUCCUUGUUGUCCAAAAUAUCACUGUGAGCCCAAAACAACCCCAGGCCAACCGGAACUCACUACAACACCCAGACCACCAAUCAUCACCACUCCGCCUGAAUGUGCCGGUGUCACAUGUAUUAAAGACGUUACCUGUCGAUACAAUGAGAUAGAGGUUGCGGAACCAAAUCCAUUUGAUCCUUGUUGUCCAAAAUAUCACUGUGAACCCAAGACAACCCCAGGCCAACCGGAACUCACUACAACACCCAGACCACCAAUCAUCACCACUCCGCCUGAAUGUGCCGGUGUCACAUGUAUUAAAGACGUUACCUGUCGAUACAAUGAGAUUGAGGUUGCGGAACCAAAUCCAUUUGAUCCUUGUUGUCCAAAAUAUCACUGUGAACCCAAGACAACCCCAGGCCAACCGGAACUCACUACAACACCCAGACCACCAAUCAUCACCACUCCGCCUGAAUGUGCCGGUGUCACAUGUAUUAAAGACGUUACCUGUCGAUACAAUGAGAUUGAGGUUGCGGAACCAAAUCCAUUUGAUCCUUGUUGUCCAAAAUAUCACUGUGAGCCCAAGACAACCCCAGGCCAACCGGAACUCACUACAACACCCAGACCACCAAUCAUCACCACUCCGCCUGAAUGUGCCGGUGUCACAUGUAUUAAAGACGUUACCUGUCGAUACAAUGAGAUUGAGGUUGCGGAACCAAAUCCACUUGAUCCUUGUUGUCCAAAAUAUCACUGUGAACCCAAAACAACCCCAGGCCAACCGGAACUCACUACAACACCCAGACCACCAAUCAUCACCACUCCGCCUGAAUGUGCCGGUGUCACAUGUAUUAAAGACGUUACCUGUCGAUACAAUGAGAUUGAGGUUUCGGAACCAAAUCCACUUGAUCCUUGUUGUCCAAAAUAUCACUGUGAGCCCAAGACAACCCCAGGCCAACCGGAACUCACUACAACACCCAGACCACCAAUCAUCACCACUCCGCCUGAAUGUGCCGGUGUCACAUGUACUAAAGACGUUACCUGUCGAUACAAUGAGAUAGAGGUUGCGGAACCAAAUCCAUUUGAUCCUUGUUGUCCAAAAUAUCACUGUGAACCCAAAACAACCCCAGGCCAGCCGGAACUCACUACAACACCCAGACCACCAAUCAUCACCACUCCGCCUGAAUGUGCUGGUGUCACAUGUAUUAAAGACGUUACCUGUCGAUACAAUGAGAUUGAGGUCGCAGAACCAAAUCCACUUGAUCCUUGUUGUCCAAAAUAUCACUGUGAGCCCAAGACUACCCCAAGCCAACCAGAACUCACUACAACACCCAGACCACCAAUCAUCACUACUCCGCCCGAAUGUGCCGGCAUCACAUGUUACAAAGAAGUUACUUGUAAAUAUAAUGAGAUUGAGAUUGAGGAGCCAAAUCCAUUUGAUCCUUGUUGUCCAAGAUAUCACUGUGAGCCCAAGACAACCCCAAGCACAACAAUGCCGCCCACCACCAAGCGUGAAUGCGCCAAUGUCAAGUGUUACAAAGAUGUGGUUUGUGGGCCAAAUGAGAAUGAAGUUGAGGAGCCAAACCCAUUUGAUCCUUGCUGCCCCAAGUAUCACUGUGAACCAAAAUCCACAAUCCCAUCUAAAACAACACCUUCAACCAGCACCAUUAUCAGCACCACCAAGAUUGAGUGCUCUAAAAGGAUUUGCGUCAAAACAAGCUGUCGUCUUUAUGAAAAACUUAUUGAGACACCAAAUCCAUAUGACCCCUGCUGCCCCAUUCAAAAGUGUGAGUGCCAGUGCAAGACAGUGCCAACGUGCAGAAGUGAUGAGAGACUGGUGACUGUGAGUCAGGCUGGCCAGUGUUGUCCAAAGCUUAAAUGCGAACGCAAGAAGGAUGAAUGCCAUCCAGUGAGUAAGUCUGUGCUUCUCACAUCAGGCCAAUGCAGUGCUUCAGUGGAACUGAAUGUGUGCAGUGGAUACUGUCACUCCAAAACAGAAUAUACCAGCUUUUGGCAGCCCAUAUCUCAUUGUCGAUGCUGCUCUAUAAAAACAGAUCGCUUCAUGACCUUCCAGCUGCCUUGUCUUGAUGGCACUCGAACAAGCCUGACUGUAAGGAGCGCAGUAACUUGUGGCUGUAAUACUUGCUCGGGACCAUAUGAACCUGCAAGUGGCAGUGGAAGUGGCAGCAGAAGCAGCGAUGGAGGCUCAGAUGAAGGAAGUGGCUUUCAAAGCUAAAGUCAUCCCUGACUUGAAUAACAUUAGCUACAAGCUAAUGGCAUCAUCCGAUAGAAACUGUGGAUCUUCUACAAUUUCUGCUUCUUUAUUUCUUGAAAAUACAUUUUGUAUGAUGUUUUUUUUUCUGUUAGGCCCAGCGGCCAGGUUUUCCAUUUAUAUCUGACACCUAAAGAGCAAUACAAUUAUCUUCUCCUUAAUGGGAAUGAACAAGGGGAAAUUGGCUCAAACUUCAUUCCCAUAUUUAGAGCACCUACAGUACAGUGACAGCUAGUGCUGUUCAACCUAAGGGUGUCCCAUGGGUGGGCUACAAGCAACUGUAUCGCUGGGAACAAUCCAUUGUGUGUAUAAUGCAAAUGUACUGGGUUUUUUUGUAGUGUCUCUCCUUUUCAUACAAUGUUUUAGGCUUAGUUAUAAAAAGAUGACAUUUUAGAUGCUGUAGAAAUCUACCCACAUCCUCGUCAAGUCAAUGCCAGACUAACGCUGGUAGUUAACAUUACACCAACUUGAGGUCUCCUUAUUUUCUGCUAUUUAUCUUGCCUGACAUUCCCAUCCCUAUUACAAUGAAAGCUGGGAAGGCCCUGCCACAUACGAUUCUCCAUUGGGAGAAAGAAUGUUUUGGUAAUGAAUGUAUUAAAUAAUUUCUAAAAGCAAUACAUUUUAAACUUUAUUAAUAACCAGAUCAGCAAAGCCAACGAUGACUAAAGUUGAAUGCAACUUAUUUUCUGCACUUUAUAAGAGCACAGUAUUUUUAUACUGCCAGAGUCUAAAACACUGAAUGAUAAAUGAGAUGACUAAGCAAGUCGUGGUGGGAGAGAAUAUGAAGGACUUUGUUUCAUUGUAAUUUAAUUCCUGCUCUUACAUGUGGCUUGUGAUGAUGGAAGGAUAUAGUUGAUGGCAUUUCCAGUUACAUGGAAUGUUUACUAUACUAAGACAGUAAUUUUAACUACAAUAAUACAGGUCUGCUAUCAUUAUACCAAAAUAAUGUACAGAACAAUAGGAUCUUAUUUCACAGCUCUGACAUCAUCACUCCUGCAUGAUAUAAUGCUGGUUUUAUUUGUUUUUGUUGCUGCAAUAGAUGGUGAUAGUAAUAAAUGUUUAAUUGAUGUUUUCCCAGAAUAAACCCAUCCCUAUGCAA